AUGAUUAGUGAUAGACAAAAAGGCUUAGGGAAUGCUUUGGGUUCUGUAUUUGAAGGUGCAGAAAUUAGAUUUUGUGUGAGACAUCUACAUUCCAACCUCAAGAAAGAGUUUCCUGGUCUUUUGCUGAAACAAAAGUUGUGGGCAUGUGCAAGGGCUGCAACACCCGAGGACUUCAAGAAAAAAAUGGCAUCACUUAAAGAGGUUAUUGAGAAGGCAUAUAAUUUGUUGAUGAAGAAAAAUCCAAGAAAGAGGGUUAGGGAGGCCAUUGAAAAGAACAAGCAUGUGGCCAGACAUUUCCAGUCCACUAGAGCAGACUCACACAAAAUCCAAGUACAUUUUCGUGACUCAGAGUGGUUCUUUGUGAAUUUGAUGGAUAGGGUGUGUACUUGUAAAGGUUACCAAUUGACUGGUAUACCUUGUGGCCAUGCCUUGGCUGCCAUUUGGAGCUCCAACUUAAAUGUGAUGGAUUUUGUGGAUUCGGCUUACAAGAAAGAGGCUUUUAUAGCUCUGUAUGCUGGUAUUAUAGAGCCAAUGCCAUCACCUCAUAAGUGGCCAGAUCCAGGACAUAAUCCUAUUUCUCCACCUACUGAGAAUGUCUUGCCUGGGAGACCUAAGAAAUCAAGGAAAAGAGAACCAGAUGAACCUCCUGCCCCCAAUGCCACAAAAGCUCGAAGAGUAGGUCAGGCAAACUUUUGCAGCAGCUGUGGGAAACAAGGUCACUCUCGACGUACUUGUAAGAGUCAGCCUACAGAACAUCCUGUUCAACAGAGAAGAAUGGGAAGACCACCAAAGAAAAAUCCAACACCAGAAACUAUCAAAAGAAUGAAGAGGAGGGUGAGACAAAAGGCAAGAGAGGCAGCACAAGCUUCAUCAUCUCAGCCACAUCCACAAACCACUGAACAUCCUUAG